AUGCCGAGUACUCCAUCGAGAUCGAACGACCAGGCCGGCGCAAGCGGUACUGUUAUCCUAGGUGCCGGCAUCAUCGGCUGUGCCACAGCGUACUACCUCUCACAAUCCGCCACUACACGACCCGACAGCAUACAUCUCGUCGAAGCGAGCGACGGACUAUUCGACAGCGCGAGCGGUAAGAGUGGCGGUUUCAUUGCUGAGGACUGGUUCGGGCCGGCGACAGCAAGUCUAGGUAGACUGUCGUUCCAAUUACAUCAAGAGCUAGCAGAUGAACACAAUGGUAGACAGAACUGGGGCUACAGCAGGAGCACAGGCAUAUCUUUGGUCGAUGGCGGAGGAAGAAGCUCAUCCGGAGGGAGGCAAGAUACGGAAUGGCUAGCGAAUGGUACAAGUAGAGCCCAAGCAGCGCAAGACCCUGGCGUACAUGAGUUCGUCUCAGGCAAUGGCCCAUCUUGGCUUAGAAAGAGGGAUGGCGACGCUGUGGACCAUAUCGGCGAAGAAGGCGGCGUAGCUCAGGUUGAUCCUUUACGCCUCUCACACUUCCUUCUCGAUCAAUGUACAUCCCGAGGUGUUCAUUUGCACCAUCCAGCCCGAGCGGUCCAAAUCACAACAGACCCCACGGGCAUCCUCUCCGGCAUAACUCUCCGCGACAGCGACAGCGACGACACCGAACACCACAUCCCCUGUACCCGCCUUCUUAUCUCAGCGAGCGCCUGGACGCCCCAGAUCUUCGCCUCCCUCUUCCGUUCCUCGCCAACCACAAUCGCCGUCACACCCUACGCAGGCCACAGCAUCGUCGUAAAAAGCCCUCGCUGGACGAGAGAACACGAAACCCGUGGCUGCCACGCGCUUCUCACAACAAUGCAAAACAGCUUCAGCCCUGAAAUUUUCUCCCGAGUAGGAGAGGAAAUCUACAUCGCCGGCCUUAACGACAGUGACCUACCUCUCCCUGAAAAGGCAAGCGAAGCGGUGCCAGACCCUGAAGCGAUUGAGGAUUUGAUAGCGGUGGCGCACACUCUACCUGGGAGGGAUGGGACUGAUGUGAGUGAUCUGGAGGUGCUGAGGGAAGGUUUAUGUUUCAGGCCUGUUACGAGGAGCGGGGCGCCGAUUCUGACGAGGAUGGAAGAUAAGGAGCUUGGAGGUAUGAGGAUGGCGGAGGAUGGGGGCGUGUAUGUCUGUGCUGGACCUGGGCCCUGGGGGAUCAGUCUGGGUUUGGAGACUGGGCUUGUUAUGAGUGAGAUGAUUGAGGGUAAGAGGACGAGUGCUGAUGUCAGGAGGCUGGGACUACGAUGA